AAGUCGGACCGUUUUCAGUCAGCCCUGACUGAAAAGGCCUACAAGGCAGCUGCGCUUUCGGCCAGAGCGCUCAAUGUCCUCUCCCUGCUCACGGCCUACCAGGCUGAGUUGUGUGAGGAUUUUGUGCAAACUCAGGACCCGGCUGCGUGGGAGGAGAUCCCGGUCAUUACCGACCUGUGUCUCCGUGUCCAACGCUGCGCGGUCCAGGCCACGGGGAAAGCGAUGGGGACCAUGGUCCUGCAGGAACGGGCGCGGUGGCUCAACCUCGCCAACCUGUCGGACAGGGAGAAGGACGACGUCCUGGACAUGCCCAUUGUCCCGGAGGGGAUUUUUGGCUCCGCGUUGGCUUCAAUGCAACGGCGGUGUGAAGCCAAAAAGAAGGAGGAUGAGGCUCUCCAGCUCUGCCUCCCCCGUAAGCCCCCUGCGCCCUCUCCACCUGCGCAGCGUAAAACCUUCGCACAGGCUGCUUCCCAGGUUUCACGGUUUAAAGUGCCUAAGCAGCCAAGACCCCAGCCUGCGCCGCCUUCCCAGCCAGGUCGGCCCAGCUGGCCCAGAAAACCCUCGGUCCCGGCCGCGGCUCCGCCGGCCCCGCCCGCGCAAGCUACCGGCCAGGCCAGGAAAAAGAAGAGAGCGGCCUGACCGCCCCUCUCUCCACCGGUGAUGCAGCUGGACGUUCCCCGUUCUCCAGCCCCACCUGUUCGGCUUUUCAGCGUGUGCCCGGGGGCCCCCCACGCCCCCGCCUCCCAGCCGCCACGGCCUGCGCCAGAGCGAGCCGGGAGAGAUGGACGUUUGACGGCGGAGAGUUCAGCGGUUGCCCCUGUCUUACGUCCACAAGCACGCACACACACACACAUUUUCUCAAAGAAAAUAAAAUGUGUCCCGCUGCCGCAUCCAGGCCGAGUGCCGAGGGCGCAGCUAAUAAAAGCCAAAAGAAUCACAAUGAGCAGCGCGGUGGCAACGCUCGCUGUUCCCCCUCGGGUAAAAGCCGAGGCGGGGACGGCGGGGCCGCCGCGCUGCCCACCCGGACGGCCGUCCACUGUGCCGUCCGGGUGCCGUGCCACUGUUCCACCACGGGAGGCCGCCACCGCACCGCGGCUGGGGCCUCUCGUGGUGGAGGGGCUGCGGUGCGAGACCACUCUCUCCCUCAGGUGGGAGAGAUGGGCCGCACUCGCGGCUCCGCCUUGGGUGUUGAGGACGAUUUCGCGGGGUUACAGGCUGCAGUUCGCCGCCGUUCCUCCGCGUUUCGCCGGUAUAAUACACUCUCAGGCUCGGGGGGAGUCAGCUCGUGUUUUGCAGGAGGAAAUCCUCUCGCUGUUAAACAAAAGAGCAAUUUGUGUCGUUCCCCCCGCACAGUGUCAGAGCGGUUUUUACUCCAGGUAUUUUCUGGUUCCCAAACGGGGGGGGACCGGUAUUCGCCCUAUCCUGGAUUUACGUGCUCUGAACAAAUUUCUCAGGAAAUACAAAUUCAGGAUGCUUACACACGCAUCCCUGUUGCGCCUUGUGCGGCAGAACGAUUGGUUCACUUCUGUCGAUCUGAAAGACGCGUAUUUCCACAUCCCGAUCUAUCCUCCCCACAGAAAGUAUCUGAGGUUCGCUUUCCAGGGGAUCUGCUACGAGUAUCGCGUACUUCCCUUCGGCCUGUCUUUAAGCCCGAGGGUGUUUGUGCGGUGCACGGAAGCGGCGAUAGCCCCGCUGAGACGGCAGGGCAUUCGCCUGGCCACAUAUCUGGACGACUGGCUGCUGCUGGCACAGUCGGAGCAGGAGGCCAGAGCGCACACGCGUAUUCUCAUGCGACACCUGGUGGAUCUGGGUUUCGUGAUAAACGCGGAAAAGAGCGUGCUGUCCCCGGCGCAGGAGAUAAUCUUUCUGGGAUUAUCCCUGGACUCGGUGUCUUUCACGGCGCGCCUCUCGGCGGAGCGUGUGAGGGUCUUCAGGACAUGUCUCGCGCUUUUUCGUCCGGGGAAAUCUGUUCGAUUCAGGUUGUGUCUUCGGUUACUCGGGUUGAUGGCGUCUGCCAUUCUCGUAGUCCGUCUCGGUCGCCUCCACAUGAGGGAAUUCCAGCUGUGGGUGGCCUCAUGUGGGCUGGACCCCGUGCGUCAUGGCGCACGGAUGGUGCCGGUCACGCCGGGGUGCGCCAGGUCGCUGCGCCACUGGCGAGUCCCGUCCUUUCUGACCCGCGGGGUACCCAUGGGCUCCGUUCUGUCCAGGAAGGUGGUCACUACGGACGCCAGCCUGGCGGGAUGGGGCGGGAUUCACGAGGGCCGGUCUGUGAGGGGCGUCUGGAGUGUGGGCCUCCAGCGGUCUCACAUAAAUUUUCUGGAGCUUUCAGCGGUGUUCCUCUCCCUGAAACAUUUUCUUCCGUCUCUCAGGGGUCAUCAUGUCCUGGUGAGGACGGACAAUACGACGACGGUGGCGUAUAUCAACCGUCAGGGGGGUUUACGCUCCCGUCAGCUGCACAUGUUGGCACGCAGACUGAUCCUGUGGAGCUGCGGUCGUCUCCUCUCUCUGAGAGCGACGCAUGUUCCGGGAGUCCUGAACACGGGCGCGGACCUGUUGUCCAGGGGCGCGCCAGUGUACGGGGAAUGGACUCUGCACCCGGAGGUUGUGGAGCAGUUGUGGUCCCGUUACGGUCGGGCCGCGGUGGAUCUGUUCGCGUCGCGAGAGAACGCGCAGUGCGCGCUGUUUUACUCUCUGCGCGGCGUGGAUGCUCCCCUCGGCAUAGACGCGUUAGCGCACGCCUGGCCGCGCGAGCUUCUUUAUGCGUUCCCUCCCCUGGCCUUGAUACCCCCCACUCUGUCCAGAGUGAGGGAGCACGGCCACGCGCUGAUUCUGGUGGCUCCGCAUUGGCCUGCGAUGCAUUGGCUGGCGGAGAUAUAUCGGUUGCUGUGCACCCAACCCUGGCAGCUCCCGCUGCGCAGGGACCUGCUGUCGCAAGGGGGGGGGAUGGUCUUCCAUCCGCACCCGGAGCGCCUGGCGCUCUGGGCUUGGCCCCUGAGUGGCUCAAUCUGUCAGCUGGGGGUCUCUCACAGCGAGUGAUUUCCACUAUUCAGAGUGCUCGAGCCGCCUCCACUAGGUCUC